UUUUUGCACCCAUGGUAGUUACAUCCGUAGGGGCUUCAUUUGCAUUUUCCUAAGUAUCACACCGUUCCAAACAUAUAUCUCGGAGACGUGGGAUUGUUUGCUGUUGCUGUUCAUUCCUUUUGAGGCAAUUCAGGAAACAUAUCCUUAUAUCAACAGCCACAAUGCUUUGUCACCAGUGCCGCCGAGUGGCCGUAGUAGCAGUACGGCAGCUCGCUUCGUCAUCGCGAGCUCAGAGCACUAUUGUGCGAACUGUGCUGACGUCGGGACCGACAACACAAUAUAAGCGAAGCCUGUUUCCUACCCCGAUACGUUACUCGACAUCUUCCGAAGCACAAGCACCUUCGCCAAGUAUAGCGGGUGUGCCAGAAAAGCCAGACUAUCUCAACACUGCCGAAUCAGAAAUCUGGGAUAAGCUCACAUCUGAGUUCUCACCGUCCGAACUUGUGGUGCAAGAUAUAUCUGGUGGCUGCGGGUCCAUGUACGGCAUUGAGAUUGCCUCCGAGAAGUUCCGUGGUACGAACAUGUUGAAGCAGCAGCGAAUGGUCAAUUCUGUACUGGGUGACCAGCUGAAGAGCUGGCAUGGGGUCCAACUACGAACGAAAGUACCCUCCUAAGGAUUAGUGGCUAGAUUAUAAAUGGGCAAUAGAAAUGGGCUCCGCCAGGGCACCAUGAAACCAGCGAGAAAGAGGCGGCAAGGAUGUUAAUCAAGGUUAAAAUGACGGAGAACCCGGGCAAUUAUUGUGACCGGCCGCAGUGUACACUGAGUUGUAUAGUAGAUGUACAACAGGCCCGAAGUAUAGCUCUUUGGAGAAACCAAUCGAUCCAUAUACCCUAAAAAUGUUCGACUUCUCGGCGUCACCAUUGGUGUCGGAAAUUUUCAGACUCGUCCAUAUUGUGCUGCUCUAGCAGUAGAUGGGCAGUUCGGGAUCUGCUCCGAGCGAUCUAAAUAUUCUAUUGGGUGACACUUUGAACAUCUAU